AUGGGAAGUAAUACGAGUAAAACUAGCCCCGAGCCAGCUGCUCCUUCACAAAAAAACGAUUCAGACAAGGACAAUCCAGAUCCUCGCUCUCCUACGCCUGAAAUAACUCGGACUCCUUUACAGGGCAAAAAUGGCGGGAAGCACAAUAUAACAAAAAAUGUUGACUUACGAAAAACUUUUGAAAGUGGCAAAACAGAUGAGAAACUUAUCCACAAUAACCCUAUUCUAUCAGCUGUUAUUAAAAACCACCUACAAUCCUACGAUCCUCGUUCACCAUCUCAGGACUUUGAAAGAACACCAAUUAUAAUAGCUUCUAAAACUGACAAUGAUCCUGAUAAAAAGUUAUUAAAACUCCAAAGUGAAAACUAUGGCAGUCCAUGUCUCAGCAAUGAAACUAUUAAACUUGAUGAAACUUCUUUUGACACUAAUGAGAUUAGUCCCGAUUUAGUUGUGCCUAAGAAUUUAUGUAAUGGCUUUUAUGACUUAACAUUAAAUGACACUUUGAAAGAAGAUGAGGAACCUUUAGGUUCUUCAACUACAUCAAAUGAAAAUAUUGAAAGUAAUAUGUCUAAAGAACACAAUGAAGGAACAAAAUUAUUGGAAACCAAUUUUGAAUUUGUUGAAGAAGAGAGCAACAGUAUUGAAGAAAGACAAUGUGGAGAAACUCAUGAUGUUAAAAAUGUGGAUGUUGAUCUGAAACAUGUCCCCCUAUUUAAAAUUCUUAAUGAGGAUCCAAGAUCUCCCUCCACAGGCAUUGAAAGGACACCAAUUGUAGUAUCUAAAAUUGAUGUCAACACUAGUGAGGAAAAUGUUGAAAAUAUGUCAGAUGAUUCAUUAAUUAAAGCACUACAGAAUAAUGGACAAGACAUCAGUCCUGAAAACAUUCCAGUUUAUGAAGAUGAAUCUAAAGCACAUAUUGAUACACCAAAGAAAGUUAAAGCAACUAGUGACAGUGGCUCCAGAACACCACUGUCUUGCAUGAAAAAUAGGUCAGAUGCUAGCCACACUAGAUCAAAAUCAACUAACAUGCUUUAUGACCCUAAAAAGGAAAAGGUUCAGAAGAGAGUAUCACACAUUCCAAGGUUGAAAUCUUUGUCGAAGCAACCAAAAUAUAUUGCUAAUAGGAGCACUGUGUCUUUAAAAAACCUUUCUAAAGCUGGUAUCAGUGGUGAUUGCGAAAACACUCCACCUCAUUCACAUCGUGACAUAUGGGAUAAGGAAAGCAGCAUUGUCCUGUGA